ACGGUUGUGGAAUCGACGAGAAGGCGAUUCCCCCACCUCUCUCUCUCGUGAGUUCGCAUUGUAGAGGCAGCGGACGGACUGGGAGUUUGGUGACCCCAAGCGUGGCGAGUCGGCCAACUCCUGCUGCGCGUUCCCCUCCUUGUCUCCCCCGUCUCUUCCCCUUCCCAUCGUCUCCCUGAUCUUCUUCGUCUUCUCUUUAGCAGCAACAACAAACACGCAAUGUCCGAGCACGAACACGGCCGCAAGUGGGACAGAUGUCUGUCGGACGCCACCGUGAAAUUCGGUGCAGGUCUUGCUGUGGGACUUGUGUUUUCAGUCAUCUUCUUCAAGAGGCGGGCAUGGCCAGUGGUGUUUGGGGCGGGGUCUGGGUUUGGCAUGGCGUACUCCAACUGCCAGCGCGACUUUCAGAAACCAUACCUCGUGCACGGGGCAUAUGUGCAGGACGAUGCCAGCAGCGCCACGACAGUCACUGAAUAACGACCAUUGCUUUAAAUAUUAAAGAACUUAUGCAUACUCGCACACGAGCGUGUACACAUACUCGCACGCCCACAUGGGUGUGAACACGCUUGUUCUCGCUGUCAUCGGCACGGGAUUGUGUGCGUUUGUACACGCACGUGUGCCUCCGAGGGAUGUCUGGUGAACUGGUUUAAAUAAAGAUAUAUUGGCUCUUA